CAACGUUGCUUUCGUAAUACUUCAAAUGGCUGAGAAGCGAGCGAGAACCAAUAUUUUUAGAGAGUUGAGAAAAAGAGAUUGACCACCAUUGAAGAACCUCUACAGAGUACAGAAGACUUCUCUCUUUCUCUGCUUCUACAGAGUACAGAGUACCAUUUGGCUCUUUAUUCUUCGUCUCUUUAACCGGUCAUUUUCUUUGUAGAAGUAGAACUGAGCUUCAAUUCUGCUUCUCCGCAGAGGUAUUUUUACGGGUUUUAGUUAAAUAGUUCCAAAAAUCGCUGUUAAAACGGCGUUGGAGUUAAAUUAGACUUGUUUAAUCGAGGUCUGGUUUGGUUAAUUUGGUUCUUAUUUCGGUUGGAAUUGAAGCGUUUGAUGGAGGGACUUGAAGGUACCGAAGUUAGAUCCGGAGAAAUUGGAGUCGAAUCGUUCCAGUUCGGUGAGGAAAUUCAAAGAUUAAUGUCCGCACCGCCGGAAGCCGGUAGCUCCUUCACUGCACUUCUCGAACUUCCGGCGAAUCAAGCGAUGUCGCUCCUACACUCGCCGCAAUCUGACGAUACUCCUGCGGAACUUUCCGGUGAGGUUUGGAAUAAUCAUCACAAUCCCUAUCAUAUUCAGUCACUCAAUUGUACUCCGACGUUUCCAUCCAACACUGCUCUACUUGAUCGUGCUUCUAAGUUCUCCGUCUUUGCUGCCACGGUGAACUCACCGGAGACGAGCUCAAUUCCGUCCAAUUCGAGCGGGAAUUCGCAUAAAGUGAAACCAGAACCGUUUGAUUCGGAUUCAAAUCCUGAUUCAUCACCGAUGGCGUCUGACCCAACAGUUUCGAACAAAAAUAAAAAAUCAACAAAGAGAAAGGAGCGAGAGAAGAAGGUCAAAGUGUCGGCUAAAAAGAGCAAAAGCGUUGCAAAUGAGAGCUUCGGAGACGGUGAAAAGCUUCCAUACGUUCAUGUUCGAGCUCGUCGCGGCCAAGCCACAGAUAGCCAUAGCUUAGCUGAAAGAGCAAGGAGAGAGAAAAUUAAUGCUCGUAUGAAGCUUCUCCAGGAACUGGUCCCUGGAUGCAACAAGAUUUCAGGUACGGCAAUGGUGCUGGAUGAGAUCAUCAACCAUGUACAGUCUCUACAACGUCAAGUGGAGUUCUUAUCAAUGAGACUUGCUGCUUUUAACUCCAGAAUUGAUUUCGACCUAGACAGUCUGUUGGCUGCUGAAAAUGGAUCUUUAAUGGACAGUAACUUCCCUGGUGUGGUUAUGCCACUGAUGUGGCCAGACGGACAAGUCAACAGAAACAGACAACAGUAUCAACAGCUAUGUCAUUUUGACGGACUUCAUCAUCCAGUUUGUGGGAGGGAAGAAGACAACCCUAACUUCAUUACUCCAGAGGACUCACUUUUGACUUACGAUUCUUCAGCAAAUUCAGCAUCGCUGCGUUCAAAUCAGCUGAAAAUGGAAUUAUGAAGGCAGUAUGAAGUUUGAUUUGUAGCAAGAAGUGUAUAUUGGAUAUAGUAUUAGCAGUUAGUUUGGAAGUAGUAGGGAGGAGGUCAUGACACGACAUUCAACUCGGGUUUCCACGUCGUCUAUUUAAAAGUCAGUCGGAAAUCCAAAUUUAUCUCAUCAGCUAUAUAUAUAUAUAUAGUACUACUAACUUAGAGGGUCAUUCAAUCUGUUUAUACUAAAUGUAUGAAAAUGGUUGAUUGAUUCAUACUGUAAAAACAUAGAACAAACUAUGCUUUUAAUUAUAAUAUUAUGGAUGCCAGCUUUUUGGUUGUAUGCAUGUAUUCUUGUUGGCAAUAGGCAUCUCUCCAUUCAGAAAUGGGUGGGGCUUAGAACAAGAUAAUGUUCUGAUAUUGUGUCCCUCUGUAUAUGUACAUAUGCUACUUUAAUUUCUCUUUUUCCUUUAUGCUUCA